ACAACCUAUCACACCAAAAAGCAAUACUCAAGACAACACUAAGCAAAGCAAAAGGCACGAGAAGAAUCACUUGAGUUCUACACAAACUUUCUUAUAAAUUACCAAUCUUCUUCAUUCACUUCAUACACAUUAAAAUUUUAUUAUAAGAUCAGUGAAUAUAUAUAUUUAUUUGGUUGAUUUGCUAAGCUUGCUUGUUAUAAUUAUUUCUUGAAAACCAAUACUAAAAAAUGGCUGAUGAGAGGAACAACUACGAGGCACCCGCAACAGUUGAAUCCACUGAUCGUGGUUUGUUUGAUUUCAUGAAGAAGAAGGAUGACGACGUGCACAAGGCACCAGAGUCCGAAGGGGUCACCUCCGGUAUCGAAAAGGUGCACGUCUCUGAACCAGAGUGUAGGAAGGAAGAAGAGGAGGUUAAGCAUGGUAGUCUCCUUGAGAAGCUCCAACGAUCUGAUAGCUCCUCUAGCUCUUCCGAUGAGGAAGGAAAUGAUGAAGAGAAGAAAAGAAAAAGGAAGGAGAAGAAAGAGAAGAAAGCAGGAUUAAAGGAGAAGAUCCAGGAAAAAUUAGGAGGAGGUCAUCACAAAGAUGAUGAAUAUCAUCAUGGUGACACUAAUGUACCAAUUGAAAAGGUCCACGUAGAAGAGGUUGUAUACUCUGAGCCAUCUUACACUGCACCUGCAGCACCUGAUCAUUACCAUCAAGGGGAGGAGGAGAAGAAGGGUGGGUUCCUAGACAAGAUUAAGGAUAAGUUGCCUGGUCAAAACAAGAACAAGGCCGAAGACCACGAAGUAGCGGCUCCAGUGGUGGCGGAACCGUGCGUGGAGGAGGAGAAGGAGAAGAAGGGAUUCUUGGACAAGAUCAAGGACAAGAUCCCUGGCUUCCACUCUAAGACUGAUGAGGAGAAGAAGGAACAUGAGGAGAAAAAGGAGGGUUACUAAAGUACUUAAUUAAUAUCUAAAUAUUUUGCUUUACUAUAAUAAGAAUUAGGUACUUAAAGUUUUUCAAAGAACAAGAUGGAAAAUUGUUUUUUUCCCUUUUCCUUUUUCCCUUUUGAAUAUGCUUUGUUAUUAAUUAGUAUUGUGGGUUUUGUUUUUGGUGAUGUAAUAUGUAUGUGAGUGCAGUUACGUGCUUAUGUAUGUAUAUGGAAUAUAUAAAAAUGUUAUUGGUGUUUAUGCUGUAAA